AUGUCGAGCCACUCCAACGAUUCGUUGGAUUCACUUUUUCAGUACGAGUCGAGCCGCGUGGACGCCGAGGCGAGAGGUACGCCAGAAUCCUCCGAGGCAUCUGCUUCGCCGAACGCCUCCAAUCGUUCAUCUGACGAGGCGUCAGAUAAUGCAAACCCGUCAGAUGUCGGUUCUCCGGAUGACGAGCCUACGACGAGCCGUCCCCAGGAUCCUGUUCCCGAUGAAGACAUUAAUCGCGCCGUACUUAAGGUCGAGGAGGAGGCAUUUCCUUUUGACCUUUUCGAGGCGAAGCGUGAAUUGGAAUGUCUCAUGGCAUCCCGAGGCGCUUCCACAUCUGGGCGAGGGCCACGAGUUAAGAGACAAAAACUUGACCCGCCUGGCUCUACGCUUUGCUCCCUUGAGUCGCUCGAGGCGUUGAGGCAUCGCUUCGGGAUGUCCGAGGCGGUGGAGUUCGUCGUUCCAGAGAAGAAGCCUCCAGAAAAUCAUUUCACUCUGUACGAGGCGUUCUUCGAGCUUUGCUUCCUCUGGUUCCCGAUUACCGGAGUGAUCCUUGAAUAUCCCUGGAAACAUGGGAUCUCGAUUGGGCAAAUCAUGCCGAGGGGAUUACGGCAUAUGAUUGGCAUCUUAGUUCGAAGCUUCGAAUGCGGACUUGAUAUCGAGCCGAAUCACCUGCUGAACUUGCUGGAAAUCAGGAAAGCUCCGAAAGGAAAUAGAUUCUAUAUUUCCAACAAGGCGAAGCGACGGAUCAUCGGCGGUUUUCCCAGCAAGGAUCAGUUUUGGACUGAACGCUUCUUCUACGUCUUGGUGAACGAGGCGUCGGUCGGCGAGGAUUACGUUCAAAGAAACAAGACCGCUUGGGGACCACUUGUUCGGUGCUUUCUUCCCCCGAUCCCUGACGACCUCUUUACUGUUCGAGACUCUCUUUCGGCGCGGAAGGUUAAUUGGAGGAAGAAUUUCACCCUCGAAAGAGUGGAAAAAGCGCGAGCCAUCCUUGUCGGAGUCCCCGUCAGCUCUUCGUCUUCUAGUUCUUCAAAGGAUACCCGAGAGAAGAUGGUGAUAAUCGCUCUCAGAGAAAGGAAGAGGCGCGAGGAAGAAGAGGCCGCGAGACGAGCUGCCGAGGCGGCUCAGGCGCAGACCAAGGCGGUUCCAGCGCAAACCGAGGCCAUCCCUCAACCCGACCCGCCGAGCCGGGAAGGAGACGAAAUGGCGUUCGGGGAUAAUUCGGCGGUGCGGAGCAAAACUCCUUCGAACUCCGCCAUUUUAGCCUUCCCGAAGUCGACCAAGCCCCCGACUUCAGUCGUUCAGAAACACGACCCGAGCCGAAAACGUUCGGCCGCUGACAAGGGGAAGGGCGUUGCUGUUCAGAAGGACGAGCCGUCCAAGAAGAGGCGGAAGCCGACGCCCAGGGACCCCGCCGCGCGCAAGUUGGUCGUCGACGACCCCGACGCCUCUGCCGUCAUGUUCUCGCAUGUAAAUAACGCAAACACGCGUCUUUCUCCUCCAGAGAAGUUGAGGAGGGCGAGGUCGUACGGCGCGAUGGCACAGCGCGGUACCAAGUUUGUUGCGGCCAUUAAUGACCUGAUGGCCGAGUACGAGGCGGACCUGUCUAAGGUCGAACGUCGCUUGGCCGAGGCCCGAAAUGAGUCCGCAGCGUCAAAGGCGAAGCUGGAAGAGGCUCAGAACGAAGCCGCGGCGGCAAAGGGGAAACUGGACGAGGCGGUGGCCAGGGCGUCCAAGCUGGAAGAGAAGAAUAUCGUUCUGCGCGCCAAUGUCGACAAGGUCUCCGCCUCGGUCAUUCGCCUCGAGGAGACGAGGAGAGCUAAAAGCGCCGAGGUGGCGAUGAUGAAGAGGCUUAUCGAGGCCAAGGACGCCUUGUUCGAUGCCAAGGUCAAGAAGGCGAAAAAGGAGGCGAGGCGAGAGCUUACGACGAAGUUUCAGGAACGCCUCGUCAAGGUGGAGGAGGGUUUGGCCAGGCUUGAGAAGGCCAAAAAUGAUGAGAACGAUCUGGGGCAGAUCAAGGGAAAUCUUGCGAUGAUUGCCGACCUGAAGAAGCCGGAUGCCCCGACGCUUGACGACGAGGAGGUGAAGCUGAAAAGCUGGGAGAGUGAGUAUGCCGACGACGAGGCGUACGAGCGUAUUGCUUCCGAGAUUCAAGGCAAGCUAUUUUACUCUCCCGUAUCGCCGGACUCGGUCGACACCAGCCUUGGUAACGAGCCGCUCGAAGAGACAGCGGCCAACUUAGGCGUCGUAGAUCCGAACGGAUCGAACGCGGGCACGCCAGUCCUCUCGACCCUCCUUGUCGAGCGUGAAACGCAGUCCGCGGCCUGA